UUGAGUUUUCAGAGGACUCAAAUCCAAUGAAGGCUAAAGAAGUGAAGACAGGGCUGAAGAGAGGUUUUUGGACUCCAGAAGAGGAUUUGACACUGAAGAAAUGUGUUGAAACACAUGGGGAGGGUAAUUGGGCAACCAUCUCCAAGAAAUCGGGUUUGAUGAGAAGUGGAAAGAGCUGCAGGCUCAGGUGGAAAAAUUACCUUAGACCAAACAUCAAACGUGGUAUGAUGUCAGAAGACGAAAAGGACCUCAUCAUCAGAAUGCAUAAACUUCUUGGCAACCGAUGGUCACUAAUUGCAGGUAGGCUUCCUGGCCGAACCGACAAUGAAGUCAAGAAUUUCUGGAAUACCCAUUUGAACAAGAGGUCUCGUAGAGGAAAGAGGAUGAAAAUAACUCCCAAAGACGAUGACAGCAUUUCAGCAUCCAUCCCCACACAAAGCAUGGAAAACACAAACCUGGUUGAAGGUUCUAUCAAACAAGAAGAUGAAAUGGAUUCAAUCAUGAAUUCAUGGAUGGAACAUAUGGGAAUAGAAAACUGCAACAUAAAUUCAUCAAUUUCAACAAACAACUUGCCUUGGAUAUUUGAAGAUGUGCCUUUGAUUCCCAUCCUGGACGACGUUUUGCUUGAUGCAUUCCAAAGGACUGGAGAUGAAACCUUGCUUGAUGGUAUCCACCCAUUCCUGCUAUGAAUCCAGCUAAAGAGUUUCCAACAAAUAAAAGUAUGAGAUUUGCCUGAGAGUGUAUUAACAGUCAUGAUAGGGGUUUCGUGCCCGAGCUGGUGCUUAAUCAGCUAAAACAAUCGCACCAGCUUAGUUGCGAAACCAUUCUAUUCAUGUACCAAGAGAUGAACAAUUAAUGGUAGAAUUUGAAUUUCAGUAUAAGCUUUUAUUACUCAA